GCAGCCGCGUCAGGGCCGUCCGGGGGCCACACCGGCGAUGCCCGCAGCCCCCGCAGCGCCCCGCGGGACCCGCUGACUUACCCCCGGGCCGGGGUCAUACCGGACCGGGCCGGGGCGCUGAGCGGCGGCGCUGCCUGCAUGACCCUCCGGAGGCGCGAGAAGGCGACCAUCAGCAUCCAAGAGCAUAUGGCCAUCGACGUGUGUCCCAGGCCCAUCCGGCCUAUCAAGCAGAUCUCCGAUUACUUCCCCCGCUUCCGCAGGGCCUCCCCCACCGCCGCGCCCCGCGCCUCCGCGCCCCCGGACGCCCCCGCGCGCUCGCCCGCAGCCAGCGCCGGCCCCCGCAGCCCCUCCGACGGCGCCCGCGACGACGACGAAGAUGUGGACCAGCUCUUCGGAGCCUACGGUGCCAGCCCAGGCCCCAGCCCCGGCCCCAGCCCCGUGAGGCCGCCGGCCAAGCCCCCCGAGGACGAACCGGACGCCGACGGCUACGAGUCAGACGACUGCACCGCCCUGGGUACGCUGGACUUCAGUCUGCUCUAUGACCAGGAGAACAACGCACUGCACUGCACCAUCAGCAAAGCCAAGGGCCUGAAGCCGAUGGACCACAAUGGACUGGCUGAUCCCUACGUCAAACUACACCUGUUGCCUGGAGCCAGCAAGGCAAAUAAGCUCAGAACAAAAACUCUACGGAACACUCUGAACCCCUCCUGGAACGAGACCCUCACUUAUUACGGGAUCACGGAUGAGGACAUGAUCCGAAAGACCCUGAGGAUCUCCGUGUGUGACGAGGACAAAUUCCGCCACAACGAGUUCAUCGGAGAGACUCGAGUGCCCCUGAAGAAGCUGAAACCCAACCACACCAAGACAUUCAGCAUCUGCCUGGAGAAGCAGCUGCCGGUGGACAAGGCAGAGGACAAGUCCCUGGAGGAGCGUGGCCGCAUCCUCAUCUCUCUCAAGUACAGCUCACAGAAGCAGGGCCUGCUGGUGGGCAUCGUUCGCUGUGCACACCUGGCGGCCAUGGAUGCUAACGGCUACUCGGACCCCUACGUGAAAACAUAUCUGAAGCCAGAUGUAGACAAGAAAUCCAAGCAUAAGACCGCAGUCAAGAAGAAAACACUAAACCCUGAAUUCAAUGAGGAGUUCUGUUACGAGAUCAAGCAUGGAGACCUAGCCAAAAAGACUCUGGAGGUCACUGUCUGGGACUAUGAUAUUGGAAAAUCCAAUGAUUUCAUCGGUGGGGUGGUUCUGGGCAUCAAUGCCAAGGGUGAGCGCCUGAAGCACUGGUUUGACUGUCUGAAGAACAAGGACAAGAGGAUUGAGCGUUGGCACACGCUCACCAAUGAGCUCCCAGGGGCUGUACUCAGCGACUGACUGUCCCAUCUGCUGCCACCCACCCUUGUCACCCAGCCCACACAGGUCCAACCCUGGGCUUUCUCAGCUGCCACCAAGGGCUGUGGCCCUCACAAUGGGCAAGAUCCAGGUUGUCUGCUCGGACAUAGCCACUGCAGCCCCUGCUAGGAGGCUAGGAGGCCAAGAGCACCCAGCCUCUCGCAGAGGGACAGGAAAACACAACAUGAAACCUGUUUCAGCUCCCCUGGCACCCAAAGGGCCAGAGCUGGGAGAAAUCCUCAGCCUCAGCUCUGUCCAGUGGAAGGGCUAUCUACAGUGAGGACCUAUCAGAGGUGAGGGGUGGAACCCUGCUGCAAGCACAGAAAUGGGGGUACUCUGGCUACCUGGAGACCACAGAGGGAGGACUAUGGGCAGGCAGAGCCCAGGACUCCAGGACAGACAAUGUAGCCAGCCAGAACUUCCAACUUGCUUAUGCGUGGCAUUAAUGGACAGAUAGAGUCUGUAAGCUUCUGGGGUGGGGGUUUCUAGUCUAGCAGGGCAUAUGGGUACACAUAUUGCUACAGAGGGGUGAGGCAUACCAGGACCAGCCAGCUGUCUGUAGGGCCCGUGGGUACUGAAGACUGCUGAAGGGUGGAGGCAGGGAAGGCAUCCUGGGGGAGUCAGGGCUCAGCACAAGUCUUGAAACACCAGUUGUGGCUUGAAAUCUAAGAGAAAACCAAAUACAGACAAGAGGAGGCCUGAAAAAGGUUACCAGGGGACAGGGAGCCUUGGUAGCCUAGAGUUCCCCUGGGGCAGCACUGUGUUUGGGGAUGUAUACAAGCAUUAGGAAAACUGAAUGUUCAAACUCAAGCUCUCCCGUUUGAUCUUGCUCCCAAGGGGUCUCAAUGCACACUGUUCCUGUUCUCAGCAUAAAUAUCCAGUCAGCUUCAGGGGAAAGAGAAAGGGAUCCUACUAACAGGGAAAGAGGCAAGCAUCCCUCCUGCCCGCCCGUUCCCCCCCUUCUUCAUCCCCUCAGCUUGGGCUGAUGUUAGGUCCCUCACAGCUCCCCAUGGCAUCCUGGCCCUAUGGAGACAGUUGGUUGCCUUCAGGGCUGGCAGUGGAAAGUAGAGAGCCUUAGGUUGGGGGAAGGCCGGGCAUGGGGGUUCUGCCCUGAGGAGCUGAGAGCUCCCUUCCUAGGAAAGGGUAGGGCACUUCUUAGUCUUGAAGCUCCCGACUGUCUCCUGCCAACUGGGGCUGCAGGAACAUAGAAGGAACAGGGAACAAACUGAGGAGCUCUACCAUCAUCUUAGAGCCCCAUUUAGUUCAGCCCAUCACUGGGUGAUAAGACAUAGGGGUCCUGCCCUAAACCUGGGCCUCCUACAGUUGAAAUAAGGACUCAGGACCCUGGGGCAUGAUUCCAAUCCAAAGUGCUCACCAACCUUCCCUAGUUGGCAGGGAAAAUAGGUCUCUAGCCCUUCAUGACGCCAAGCCACCUGUUGCUUGUAGAGGCUGGGUUUCCCUCUUGAAAAGGUGUUGCCUUUGUUACUGAAUUGGCAGGCACCUUCUUAUUGAAUCUUUACCAGGUGUGACCAACCCAUUUUAUAAAUAAAAUGGCCUCAGAGUAGUUGAUAAACUUCCAGGGCCACCAAGGUGGGAGGGGCUGAAGCAAAACUCCAAGCCUUUGACUGAGGAUGAGGCCUCCCAGGUCCUUCUGAGUCAUUGGAGCUUGGUGAGGUCUGUUACAGAGAAGUCUUGUUAUUGUCCACCACCUCAUCCUCUAGCUGGCUUUGAAGUCAUCUGUGCCAUUUAGGAUUUGCCAAAAGGCCACAGCCAAGCCCUGGAACUCAGCUGUCCCACUUCCAGCCUGAGGUCAAGGGGCCUAGGGGACAGGCCUGAUGUUUUCCCAUACAGUUAGAAACCAGAGCGGUAUUUUAGUGCACCUGACUGAGCUCUGGGUAACUGAGAUUUUGCCUUUUGGGGUGCUUUGUUCAGAGAGGAGCCUGGAGACCUCCUGAGGAUACAGAACCGUUUAUUAGACUGAGGCUCAGCAAAAGAAAGGGCUCAGGUGGGCAAGAAACCUGGGUCCCUCUGUUGCUGCAGGCAGUAAGUGGGCUUAGGCCUCAAUGAUGAGCCUUGCCAAUCCCAGGGACAGGCGGGGUGGAAAGCAGGGCUUCUAGCCACCUCACGUGCAAGAUGAACCCACUAAAAAGUGAUGGAACUCUCCUGGGAUCCUGGGACGUUUCUAAAUUCCCAGUAUAUUACGUGUCUGCUGAAGGAAAAAGGCCCUUUGAGAAGUUGCAGUUCAGCCUUUCAUCCCAAACGAGUAUCUUCCUACUGGCCCAUCGGCGUGGCAAAGAGGAAAUCUGAUACCAAAAACAAAGGUUAUUCCAAAGUAACUAGGGCAUCUCUUGAUGCCCAUCAUCCACCUCGCGUCCUGGUCUCCGCCCCGCCCACCGCCACCGUUAGCCAAUCCCUGAACGGGCUGGUCUUCCAACCCUGAGGCGGUGACCUCCUGACCUCUAGUGGCAAAAACGAGGAGCUGCACCUCCAUGGCCCGCCUACCCGCCGACCUCCGGCCAAGCAUGUCCAGCCCUUCGUCCUUAUCCAGCCAAGUGAACCUCCCAAUGCAUGGACUCUGGCUGUCGUCGACACGGACUCGUGCACUGCUUACAGUUUUGCUGCCACGUGACGGCUGCAAAAUACAUCCUCAAACUGCAGCGCCACGACACAAUUUUUGUAAUCCUGUCUGACCUUCUCGAAGGUGUCCUUUUUAAGUCUUAUUUGUUAAUAUUUAUAAGGAUAUAUAAUUCAAAGUAAAUGGGAAUGUAGUAUUGAAGUCGCACUAGCUUGGGAGACUCCUUCGAAGAUAUGGAGGGAACAAGUGAAAGGCAAUUGGGGCUUACAUGUGGCUUUUAUUUUUGUUUUUUGAAAUGCACUUGUAAUCCAAUCUGUGGUGAUCCUACUGCCUCUCAUUUACUCCUCACCAAGAGCUAUUUGAAACAGGCUCCCAGGUUACAUAUAGGGAAACAGGCUCCGAAGUUUGAGUAAGUGAGACUGACCAGAUACACUUGCCACACAAGCCUCAAGAUCUGAGUGAUCCCUGGAAGCCAAAUAAAAAAAGGCAAGACUUU